GGCCUACGCGCCGCGAGGCGGGGGAGUUGUCGGACCGCCCCCGGCCGGGUUCUAGAGGUCCUGGGGCCGCGGAAGAGGCUUCUGAGGGCCGCCGCGAUGCCUCACGUGGGGUCGGUCAGUCAGCUCCUGGAUCUAUGCCUUUGGUGCUUCAUCGAGAAUAUUUCCAGAUAUAUCACAGACCUUAAGCCUUUGCCUCCCAGCAUAAAAGAUAGACUGAUUAACAUAAUGAGCUUGCAGGGGCAGAUAACAGAUUCAAAUAUAAGUGAGAUUUUACAUCCUGAUGUCCAAGCUCUAGAUCUACGGAGCUGUGAUAUCUCAGAUGCUGCUCUCCUACACUUGUGUAAAUGCAAAAAACUGAAAAAAUUAAAUAUAAAUUCCUCAGAAGGAGAAAGAGUUUCUAUAACAUCAGAAGGGAUAAAAGCUGUGGCUUCAUCUUGUUCAUAUCUCCAUGAAGCUAUUUUAAAAAGGUGCUGCAAUCUCACUGAUGAAGGAGUCCUUGCUCUUGCACUCAAUUGCCGCCUGCUCAAGAUUAUCGAUCUAGGUGGAUGCUUAAGUAUUACUGAUGUGUCCUUACACGCAUUAGGAAAAAACUGCCCAUUUUUGCAGAGUAUUGACUUUUCAGCUACUCAGGUAUCUGACAAUGGUGUGGUUGCACUUGUGAGUGGAUUAUGUGCCAAGAAAUUAGAGGAGAUUCAUAUGGCAGGUUGUGUAAAUCUGACUGAUGAGGCUGUAAAAGCUGUCCUUACUUACUGUCCUCAGAUACAAAUAUUACUCUUCCAUGGAUGCCCCCUAAUAACAGAUCUUUCACGAGAAGUCUUGGAUCAAUUAGUAGGCCCAAACAAACUAAAGCAAGUAAUGUGGACUGUGUAUUGAUGCUUAUUGAAGCUUAUGUAAGCUAUGAAAGCUCAUCAAAACUCCUUUCCCAGGAAAUGGUCUGUAGAUAUUUGCUUUCCACUUAAUUUAACAUUUUGUUGUUGCCGUCGUCUUAUUUAAGCUAUAACUCUGAGAAUCAGCUAAAUCUAAGUAUACAUGUUUGUGCUUUGAAGUUAACUGGACUUAAACAUUCUAAUAUUGCUAUUCAUUGGAUGAGUCAUUGUUUAUGAAAUGGUAUUCUAGCAUGAACUCUGUAUGGGUGGGGGGCUGGGUUUUGUUUCUUUAAUAACAAAGUGUAAGUGGUCUGUUUUACCUCAAGACUUCCUUCUCCUAGUAGGUAUUUGAGCUGUUAUAAGAGAAAUUUACUGAUAUAAACUUUAGGAGAAUUCUAAAUAAAGAUAUUUCUAAAAGUAUAA